AUGGACUCGGCCGACCUCACGAAGACUAUCAGCCAUGCGGACGAGUGUGAAGUGUCUAACGUCGAUGCGGAUGGCAAGAUUCAAGGCGGGCUUGAGGGCUUGACCAUCAAUGAUGUCCUNCCCAAGCUUGAUCGUCCUUGGUAUCGCGUCCCGCAUCUCCUCCACCUCAACAUCGUCAUUCUUGCGGUUCUACUAACUCCGACCACCAACGGCUACGAUGGUAGUAUGAUGAACGGGGUCCAGACAUUACCUGUCUGGCAGAAGGGUAAGUCCAAAAUUUGA